CAGAAGGGGAGACACGGGACAGCUAGGUCUGGCGCCAAUAAAAGGAUGGCAGCAUCUAGCCAAGCAGGUAGGCGAUGUGCCCUUCCCGUGAAGAAGAGGCAAGCGGCAAGGAAGGUGAAAAUGAAAGACGAUAUGCUCCGGCCGGUGUCCCUAGACAGCCACGAGGCUCAGGAGAUUCAGUUUGCCUGUAAGAGAACCUGCUGGGAUGUGAAGAACUUUGAAUACCAGAUUACUGACAUACAGCUGGUUGAGAAUGAUGUCCUCCAGUCAGAGUUCCUACAAAAGCAGCAUGAACUCUCCGUAGAAGGGCGCAGUCCCAAGGAGUUGAUUGAGGAGUUUGCGUUCCUGGAUGUUACUGACAAGACAAAGAGGUCUGCUGUGUGUAACUCUGGGUUAACUACAGCUCUGUCAGACACAGCCAACUCAGCACUGGGUGAGCCCAGUCAAGGUGUGACAGUUUGGAGAUGUCCAGACCUUUGUAUUCAGAAAGAAACUGAAGGUGGACCAAAGAACCAUGUUGUUGCAAUGUUCAAGAUAAUGAGAGGCCGGCCAAGGACAGUUGUUCCACAGAGCAACUUGGGAUUGCCACCGAAGCCUGCCCAGAACUUUGACAGUCAUGUGCCUUGUGUGGUGUUCUCUGGGGCUGACGACAUGACUUCAGCUAUGCAGAUCUACCUGUAUGAACUCAAUAAGGUUGACCACAAACCUCUGACAAGACCCAGACACUGCUGCCCCUAUGCAAUCAUCUUUUAUAAGAACAAGGCAAGUCAGAAGGUCACUAGCACUAAGCCAGCAAAAGUUGCCAAGAUCAGCAAGCCAGUAACACCCGUCACAAAACAGCAGCAGCCUGCAUCAGGCCGAAGACUGAUACCGUUUGGAGAGAAGAUGGUCACGUACUCCAUAGCCUGGUCAGGCACACUGACCAACAAGGACAAAGAGCUUGGCCGAGUGGACUUCCUGGCUGGUCAAGGCUGCAAAGUGCCAAGCUUAGGGACGAAGGUGGUGAGAGUGAGCUCCAAGAUGUCUUUGUCCAGUCUGAGGGACGUCCUCCCACCUGAGUGCCUGAAGAAUGUAGGGUCGGCCUGGGACAAGAGAUUGAGACAUGAAAGCUGGAGGUACAACGUGCUGGUGGUGAGACCUGUACAGGAGAGCAGGGACACCAUGGCAAGAUUCUGUGCCUUUCUCAGGCAGAGUAACUCUGCAACUGUGUCAACCUUACUUGUGUCUGGAGCACCAGCUCCAGUGAAACUCUUCUUGAUACCUUCUUGCAAGUUCACUGAAGACUUAGGACUUGGUGCAUGUAGUGACCAUGGAAAGAUGUUUGCCAUUCUGUCCUACAAAGUCCUCCCACCUUCAAGUUCUACACAUUCCAAACAGAAAAACAAGAAAAACAGCAAGGAGAAGACAGGGAUGCCUCUGACAGAGAAACAGCCCUUCACCACUGACUAUGUGGACAAUGACUUUGUCCACGAUGACUAUGAUGUUGGUGACCAACUGCCCUCUCUGGUGAACAGCUUCAACACCAAUGUUUUCACCUCGGUCUUUAACUUGGAGAAGCCAGCCCUGAAGCAAAUGGAUCAAAACACCCUGAAGAAGACCGAACCAAAGAGUGAGGACAAGCAGGGCAAGGACAGUACAAUAACUGACGGGUCACAAGCAGGGUCAAGGGUUAAAGAUACAUCUAUGCAACAACCAUUCCGAGAUAUCAGUUCUGGUGUGGUGCCUAACACGGAAGGGAGGGGGAGACAACGGAACGGGGUCUUGGAACAGAGCAACUUUGCGGAUGAUGCCAGCGUAGGAAGUCGUCGCUCUGCAGAGGCACCAUCGCAGGUGUUGAGCGCUGUAGACAACGCCAUCCCGGUGGACCCACGACUUGCUCGGAGGAGGCAACCGUCAAGUGAGUCCAACACGUCCUCUAUCGAGAACAGAACCCCUCCCAUGGAGACUCCACAGUCGCCAGACUCUAUCAGUAUGACCAUUCCAGAGAGAGACUUUGUUGAGACAGAAUCUACUACAAGCCACAUUUCAUCUGGUAAACAACUUGAUAUUACCUCACAAAGUGUACAGGAGGACAAAGCAGCAGAACAACCAGAGAUCCCACUUGUAAAGAAACCUUCCAAUGCAGUGACCCCAAAGAACGAUGAAGACAGUGCAGUAACACAGACCCUUGGUGAAAGUGUAAAAAGUAGUAAUGAAGUGAAGAAGACCAGUGUGACACCCCCAACUCAGGCAUUUCUUCCCAAGAAGAGGCCGGUACGUGGCGUUUUUGCUCACUUGAAGAACAAGGGACCUUCUCAUAGUGCAACUGCCAGUCUCCAUCUGGACACUGACUUGGAAACAGUUGACUUGGCAACUACUCAGAGGCCCAGAAGGUCGGGGAUUCCAUUUGGUUCUGCCUUAAAGAUAACAGUCAAGAAUCAAAAUGUCCUCAAGGAGAACAAUAAAGAUUGCAGUACAGAAACAAAAGUGAUCAAAAAGAUGAAAACUGAUGACACUCGCAGCGAUGCAGUUGUAAGCCCCCAAAUGGCAGAAUGGUCUCCCACAAAACAGACUACCGGAGACAACUAUGACAAUGUUAUGAUGGACCUUGACAGUGAUACUGCUGUGCAUGAAGGGGAGGAUCAAGAACAGAAAGAAAAGAGGGACAAAUGUGAAGAGACCCAACGACAGAAUAGUGAAAGUGGUGCAACUGAAAUGGAAAAAAGUGAAACUAACACACAUAAACACAGCAAAGAAGAGAAAGGGGAGAAUGACAACACGAAGAAGGCAGCAUUUGAUGGUCCAGGUAGAAAGAAGACAGAUACUGAAGAAGCAGGUACGCUCAUAGUGCCAACCCACCAUCGCUACAACCAGGGAGACUCUUUCUACAGAGCAAACUUGAUCCGCAACCCAUGGCUAGAUGACAAUGAGGAACUCAUGCAGUACAGACAUGUUGUUCCAAAAGGAGCAACUAAUAUUAGUCCUCCAAGAAAGGGUGUUGCAAAGGAACAGAAGGACAACAACAGCCAAGCGGAGCAGAUUCAGGACCAAGGACAGCAUCAGCAGAUAAUGGGAAACAAUGGUGUGGAAUCAGAAGUAAACCAUAGUCAUAGACACAAAGCUACUACAAGUGAAGGUCAUUCGAAAGAGGCAUGCAGUGGCGGUAAAUUACUGAUGCCAGAUUACUUAAAAGCUGCACAGAAGGUGGGUGCAGAAGAUGUGAAAAGGAAUGAUGUACAAGAAACAACCAAGAAGCAGCUAGAUUCUCAACAGACAGCUGCACAAGUGAAAGAUGUCAAAUCCAGGGAGCAGAGGACCCACAGAAACAGCUCCUCCUCGAGCACAUUCAGUAGAUCCAGGAGCAAGUCCAAAAGUCGUACAGUCAACCAGACUCGCAGCAGGUCAAGGAGCCUGCCCAGGGGGAGGAAUAGAACAAAAAGUAGGAAUCGCAGGAAUCCUAUUACGAGGAAAAGAAGUACAUCUAGGAAGUCACCUAGGAGAAGAAGAAGCCGGUCUAGAAGUAGGCAAAGAGACCGAUCUAGAAGUAAGUCCAAGGAUUCACCUCAGGGUGCAAGGUCAGACGGCAAAGCCAUCCCAAGAGCGAGGAGGUCGGGUAUUUCUGUCCCUGCCAUUGGACGGAAUGUCUUCCCUGGGUCCCGCAUGAACAUCACCAGUCCUUACAGAAGGAAGAGGCCUGAGCGUAGGAAGAGAAGCUCGAGCAGCAGCAGCAGUGACAGCAGUGAGCGACCCAGGAAGGCGUACAGUCAGCUGGACCGGUGUCGCCGGUCACGCAUCAGGAGGAACAGGACAAAGAGGACCUGUAGAAGUUCUGACCAGAGGUCGAGCAGAGAUGAGAAUUCUUCAAGUUGCAGUCCAGAGAGGAGGUCCAAGAGGAGAUUAGGGUCUCGAAGCAAUCGGUCCAGUGAAAGUAAUGACCAACAGGAAGGUGGAAAAGGCAAUGCCUCCCACGACAGACAGGAGAAGAAGCAUGAUACAGAGGGUCAAGGAAAAUCAAGAAAAGCUGCUAGCCCAGAGAAGAAGUGUACUGAGAAAGAUAGCAGAGAUCCAAACCAAUGCAGUGAGGAAAAGAAGCUGAUGUCAAAAGAAAAGAUAGAUCUUGUGGAGAGGGUUCUCUUUCUAACCACAGGAAAAAUGGUAAAGUUUGACUACGCAGACAGAGUGCACAGGCAUCUGUUUCGCCUGGACAUUGAGAGUCUUCAACAAGAAGCCAAGAGACUUGCCAUCAACAAAGGACUGAGCGAAGAUUGGUUGAAAGAAGAGUUUGUGUGUCAGCCUGGAUCUGAUGAGGAAGAAGAUGAGAAGCCCACUGAUAAACACAUCUCUACGAUGACACGGGGUGCCAUAGUCUACGAGAUACUACAACUCAGGAAGGAGUUGAACCUUACCUCAGGCUACAAUCCCAACUACAUGUUCAAGAACAUAAGGAGAAAGGACCUCAUUGCAAGCCUGGAAAAGUUGAGGGCAGCAAAACAGGAAAUCUUGGCAUCAUCUGCAUGGAACAUGACAAAGGCAAGUUUAAAGGUGAAGAAGGAAGCGCCUAAAAUUUUUACAACAGAUACAGGAUGUGGUGAAAAUCCUGUGGAAAUAUUGCUUCAGAGAAAGGGCGAUGCCAUUGUCAAGGUUGUCAAGGACUUUGUCACCCACAAUAAAUCUAUGGGAUUGCCAGUUAAUAUGGACAAAGAAGAGAUGACACCAAAGCAACUGAUGGGAGCGAGAUGCGAUGAUGAGCACAUGGAAUCUGCCCUGAAUGUGUUCCCGAAUGACCCGAGGUGUCACUCUGAUGUCCACAUGGUCGACAUGCAGAACAACAAUGCAGCAAGUGAAGCUCCGAAGAAGAAACUGUCAAUAGCUGAGACAAUGGCGAGAAGCUUGGAGGACAGUGGACCUGGCACUCUCCAGGACAAUGCUGUGGAAGUGGAGGUAGUUGUAGCUGUGGAAAGGAGCCCACAAACACAACAUGACCCAAUGCCGGUGAAACAAGCAUGGAGUGCCCCUCAACCCAUUUCUCCCACUCCCGGGAACCUAACCCUGCAGUGCAGUGAUAUUCCAGCAGGUGGUGUCAGCCAAGCUACAUAUGCUACUGGAGUAGGUGAGGAGACCCUGAGGAAGGCCCCGGUGCUGGUCAGCCACAGAGAGAAGUGUUUGGACUGCAGCGCACAGCCAGAACAAACACCAGUCAAGAUGGCAAACCAACAUCAGGGCAACAAACCUCAUAGUGUUAACAUCACGGCCACGUCUGGUGGUCAGGACCGUGUCCCUGUGGAUCCAAGGUUAAGGUCAAAUGCAAAGGAGUUUCAUGAUGUCACAGGGUCCAACAACAGAGACCCUUCACAGGGACAGAGUGAUGCUGUAGGAAGUGUUGGGGCCGUGCGAAGGAACCUGUUGGAGAAUGAGUUAAGUGACAGAGCUGUAGGUCCAGGCAAGGAUCGUGGUGCCGAUUUUUCCCCCUGCGACACGACAUCAGGAAGUGGUGAGAACAGCCCAGAAGUAUUACAGAUGGCUGCACCUCAGGUUGACUGUGAUUUUCUUCCCCCAACAAAAGAAGAGGGAAUCGGCCCCAUCUCACCCACAGGAUCAGACCGAGAACUGUACAAAGAGAAGGAAAGCAAUCCCCACUGGUUUGUCAACACAGAGAGGCAGCCGGAGAAGAGUAGAGUUGGAAAUGACAGCAGUCUUGUCUCACCGGCAGGGUGGUAUGGCAGUGCAGUAGACAACAACAGUAACUGUAUGCAGGGGAAAGUGCCCAUGAGAGAACAGGUUGGUCUACACUCUCGUAGUUACCCAGUACAGAAGCCUGAAUGGAGACAGAAGUUACCCUGGCAGGAACAGGGCAGAAGUGACAACUACAGUUCUCCACAGGUCAAAAGUGCAGUCAAGCCAGGAUGGGACUCUAAGAUUAAGGCUCCUGUAUUCCCUAGACCACAAAAGCAUCACAGCAGUGUUGGCCCACGCCAGGUCCAAAACCGUAGACCACCACAUGUGCAUCCAGUGCCACGCAUGCCUUACCCCCGAUUCCAGCAGCACUCCCAAACCCGACCUCCCCACCCCUCCCCUCCUCACAGACCCCCACCCCACUACUCUCAACAGCAAACCUCCCCUCAACGACUCCAUCAACACCCUCCUAUGUCUCCCUGCCGCCCCCCACUGUCGUCACCCAGACAUGGCUGCAUCCAGACCCCACCAAGGCCGCUGUUGAACAACGUUACACCUAGACCUCACCAUGGCCCUCCCACACACACAGGGGGGUUUAUGUCUGCAGGACAAUACAACUACAAAGACACAGCUACAGAAGUCAACAACAAGAGGACAACAGACAGCCAGACCCCACCAAGGCCACUGAUGAACGUCUCACCUAGACCUCACCGUGGCCCUCCCCCACACACGGGUGGUUUUAUGUCUGCAGGACAAUACAACCAGAAAAACACGGGUACAGAAGUCAACAACAACAGAAGUGACUUCCAACAGGACUACGGUGAACAGUGCCGCACUCCACCAAGUUACCCCACCCAAGGGAGAGGCAUGGCCUGCGGCUGCCCCAGGGGCGGGGGUAGAGGACAGCCCUUCCCCCACCCUGCCAGGGGACGUGCAGGUCUGAGCGGGUACCCUGUCCGUGGUGGGUGUCCACAGAGAGGACGGGGUGGGUUCCGAGGAAGAGGUUUCAUGGCAGGUGCAGUACAGGGGAGGGGCAGAGCUCAGUCAGCUUGGUAAACUAUUAUUUAUUUCAGCAGUGUUUUGCUUUUUGGAAGUACAAAAUGUACCCUGAAGUUACGACAUUCCAAACUCUUUGUUUGAUACCUUCAGUGAAGUCUACAUCUUCUCACAAUUUGUACCACAUUGUUGCAUGUUAAGACGUUUGUUAACCUUGUGUUGAGUAAUGUAGCACAAAGAUAGUUCCUAGACGAGUGCCUUCUUGUUUGUGGUGAACAGAAUCUAUAAUUCCCUUGAGAAAACAAUACAAGUUACCUCUAGAAUCGUGAACUUUGCAUUUGAUCUUAAAACACUUGGGAACAUUGCAGGGAAUUGUUAUAAGCAAUGACAAUCAACCUUUUUUUAAAACCUUUAGCCUGCCAAGGUAGCCGUUUGGCAACAAAUUUGUAUUUGUUACAAGGUUAAACAGCAGGGAGAAGGUUGAAAUGCUGCUCUCAAGAAGUUUAGUUUAAGGAACAGUUUAAGGAACAAUCAAUCAUGUUUAAGUGCAAAAUUUGUGAAAGCAAUCUUGACAGAAGAGCUUAUGAUGUUUUAACAGAUCAUGUAUUGUGAUUUAUAUCUAUUUUUGUACAUAAGAUCUUUAUUAUUCCUGUUUCCUAUCAUAAAGUACAUUCCUUUUUUUCUGUAAGAUACAAAUAAGACUUGCACUGUUGCAGAUAAGUCAAAUAUUGUAAGGUUGUUUGAGUUCAGUUUGAUGUUGAGUAGGAUGCUUUUUAGUUCAGGUUUCUUGUUCCAGCAAAAGUUUAUCAAUAGGACAUUAAGUGAGCCAGUAUAUUUGAUAUUCCUGUUUCAAAGAACUGCAUGUGCAUCUCAGGAUACUAUGAAGAUCAGGACAAGGUGCCACAAGUGUACGUACCAACUAAGUGUAUCUUUCCUGAAACCAAGAAAUAGAUUUGGUACAGCCCGAAGAACAUCUAUGCAAUAGGACUUGCCAGUUUAUUUGCUACAUGUAUAUGUGGUACAUGUAUCCCAUGGUAGUACAUGUACAUGUAUCUUAAAGUGAGAUGGUUUUGUUUGAAGGACAAGAAAGACAAUCACAUGGCCAGUGUGUUCGUUUGCAUUGUUAGCAACAGUUAGUGCAUCAGUCAGUUUAAAUGAGAGUGGUGGUUGUUUGCACGAUGUGAUUUAAACCAGAAAGGGAGGCGUUUCUCGAGUUGUGUUUCCAGUUCAACAUAUUGUGCAGUUUUUACCAUUGUACAUUUUUGGUUGUGCAAUUAUUUUUAAGUAUCCUGGGACCAAAGUUCCCCCUGUUUUGUUGUGAAGUUCACCCAAUCUUGGUAACAUAGUGUUAUAGUUGCACACCACCCUCAGGUUUAUACUGAUAGAUGCACCAUUAUGUUGGUUAUUUAAAAAAAAUGUUUAUCUGUUCUGGUUCUGU